GGGAGAUUUAAGAAAAAUGUCUCUACCCAUAGCCAGAUAAAUCGAGUCGACUUUAUCUUUUAUUUACCCUUUGUAAAUAUGUUUACAAUCGUAUGUGUGUGUGUGUGUGUGUGUGUUUAUGCACACAGACCUGUCCAUUUCCACAAAGAAGUGCACAAAACAUAAAUAUUAUAAACUUUCCUCAAACUAGAUUGGUGAGGAAGACGCGCAGAACAGUGGCCGAGUUACACACAGGAAAAAGUGUCCAAAACUCGCGUGCCCCCGAAGAGCUUCGCGAACCACUUCCCUCUAAUGUUUUCCUUCUGCCUUGCCUCCGCUGAGUACAAGGCUCGGUGGCUCUUAAGACGAUGGUGAAUAGGAAACGCUUUUCCACGUUUCGUUCUUUUGUGAUUUUCUCGUGUUUCGUGUACUCGAUUGUAUUGAUACUGCAGUCUGAGUGGCGCUCGUCACCAGCAAGGGAAUUCGACGCACACCUCACAGGACGAGGCGCCCCGUCCAAGGGAGUGCUGCUUCUGACGCAGAUGCGCUCGGGUUCCUCCUUCACGGGUGUCCUUUUGACAGCGGCGGCCUCAACGUUUUACACCGAGGAGCCCGUGAGAGAUUUCAUGCUGUUCCCUCCGUCCAGUCCAAAGGACAUCGCCAAGGCCUUGCAACUUCUGCGGGACGUUCUGCGCUGCAGGUUCGUCGCGCGCCCCGACUACUACGAGAAGCGCCUCAUGCUGAUGCACUACCACGACGCGAACACCGGCAGCCUGUGCUCGUUCUCCCAGGAGCUGUGCAUGUCGCCGCUCAUCACCGAGACGAUGUGUCUCGCCGCCCACGCCCGCCUGGCGAGGGUCGUGGUGCUGGAUCUGGAAAGCGCGGCGCCCGUCCUCCAGGACUCCGACCUCGACACCCAUGCCAUCCACCUGGUGAGGGAUCCGCGCGGCGUUCUGUCCUCCAGGGAAAAGCUGAGCAAGUACGGUUACUUCACAGGAACAGCCCUAAACGCCAGCUCCGUCUGCGACAGGUACCGGAGGGACCUGAGAGGAGCGGCAGCCGUGAAGGCCUCGGUCCCGCACAGAUACACUCUCCUGAGGUACGAGGACCUGAGCCUCAACACAACGCUCGAGCUCCGCCGUCUGUAUGACAUCCUCGGCCUCGCCUACACCGCCAGAGUCGCUUCCAAGGUUGCCUACCACACCCUGGGCAUGGCCGAUGACCUCUCCUACAGCUACGGCACAACCAGGGACUCUAAGGCGACGGUCUUCCGCUGGCGAAGUCGUCUCUCCUUCGCCGAGAUGAAGGAGAUACAGGACGCUUGUCUGGACGUCCUGCAGGCGUAUGGCUACCGGGUCUUCGCCUCGAAGGAGGAGUACGAGGACCAGGCUCUUGAGGUCUUGGUUCCUGUCAAGGCCUGA